AUGUUUACAACUAAACAUAUCGUGUUAGCUGCUCUCUUGUUGAGCGUAGCUGCUAUAGUUUCAGCUGAAACUUUCUUCUAUGAACCUUUCCAUGCUGGAUAUGAAGCCAGAUGGGUUAAGAGCAAGUCUAAGGAUAACUAUGGUGAAUGGAAACACACUGCCGGUGAAUGGUACGGUGAUGCUGAAGAAGACAAGGGUCUUCAAACUGGUCAAGAUGCUAGACACUACUCAAUCUCUGCUAGAUUCGAUAAACCAGCCGUCUCUAGAGGUGAUAAGCCACUCGUUAUUCAAUUCUCCACUAAACAUCCACAAAGCAUUGACUGUGGUGGUGCUUACUUAAAGUUCUUGCCAACUGGUGCUAGCCAAGAAAACUUCAAGGAUGACACUGAAUAUAGAAUUAUGUUCGGUCCUGAUAUCUGUGGUUCUGCUACUAGAAGAAUUCACUUCAUCUUCAACUACAAGGGUAAGAACUUGUUGUGGAAGAAGACUGUUCCAUGUGAAACUGAUCAACUCACUCACAUUUACACUGCUAUUAUCAAUCCUGAUGCUACCUAUGAAGUCCAAAUUGAUGGUCAAAAGAAGGAAAGCGGAAGUUUGUAUGAUGAUUGGGACUUUUUGCCACCAAAGGAUAUUCCAGAUCCACAAGCCAAGAAGCCAGCUGAUUGGGUUGAUGAAAAGGAAAUUGUUGAUGAAACUGAUAAGAAGCCAGAAGACUGGGAUCAACCAAAGUAUAUUUCUGAUCCAGAAGCCAAGAAGCCAGAAAACUGGGACGAAGAAGAAGAUGGUGCCUGGGAAGCUCCUCAAAUUCCAAACCCAGAAUACAAGGGUGAAUGGAAGGCUAGAAUGAUCCCUAACCCAGCUUACAAGGGUGAAUGGUCUGCUCCACUCAUUGCUAACCCAGAUUAUGCUUUCGAUGAAGAUGUUGCCAAGUAUAACGAUAUUGAAUAUGCUGGUAUUGAAAUCUGGCAAGUUAAGGCUGGUACUAUCUUUGAUAACAUUAUGGUUACUGAUGAUUUGGAUGUUGCCAACGAAGCUGUUCAAAAGGUUGUUGAACGUGCCAAGAAGGAAAAGGAAGCUUUCGAUAAGAUUGAAUCUGCCAAGAAGGCCAAGGAAGAAGAAGAAAGAAAGAAGAGAGAAGAAGAAGAAAAGAAGAAGCAAGAAGAAAAGCCAGUCGAAGAAAAGAAGGCCGAUCACGACGAACUCUAA